AUGGCAGCCUACUUGAGCCGGUUGCACCACAUUUCACUCCACGUUACAAACGUGGAUAAAAUAGCGUAUGAACUUGUUAAUAAUUUUAAGUUUAAUUUAUUUGUUGCGAGGCUGACGGAGAAGUCUAAACAGUUGGCUUUCAGAAAAGGAGCGGCAGUUUUCGUCGUCAAUGAAAGACCAAACAAGUCCCCUCUUGAAUUGAACGGAGUAACGCUAUCGAGCAAGAGAGGGAUUUCUCCUUCAGAAUCGGAACCGGGAUGGACUAACAACAUUCAAACGGGGAAAAAGAACGACAAGGAUCCGAAUUGUCUUUACGAUGUCCACCCACACUAUUCCGUCGAUACCGCGUCUAACGUCUGUUUCGAAGUAGAAGAUGUGGAAAGGUCAUUCAAGUCCCUUCGCAACAUUGGCUGCGAAUUCCUGGUGCCGCCGACGGAGGUGUGUGACGAGAACGGGCAUGUCACCUAUUCAGUCGUCAAAUCAAUAAUGGGAAAUGUGAACCACACGCUCAUUGACACGAGUAAAUAUAAGGGCAGCUUCUUACCCGGGUUUCAGGAGGUUGAAAACGUAACGAAAAACGGCACACUCGUGGCUAAGAGUACAGAGUCUUGUCCAAUCACACAUUUUGAUCACAUCACCUAUGCUUGUUCGAGACGGUGGACACCGCAAGUGAUGAGGUGGUAUGAGCGUCACUUUGGCUUCCAGAGGUUCUUCAUUGACAGUAAUGAGGAUGUGGAUGAGGGCUAUGUUCUGAACAAGGAGGGGAUCGGACUGCGUCUCACAGCCAUGGAGUACUGGAAAUGCAGCGAAACAGGAAUCACGCUUCCCUUCACAGAUGACAAACAACCCGACUGCAAGUUUGUCAUCGCAGAGUCGCUGCCCGAACAAGGCAGGAACCAGGUGGACACCUUCCUGGAGCAGCACGGAGGCCCAGGGAUCCAGCACAUUGGAUUGUACACACAGGACAUAGUGUCCACAGCACAGACCAUGGGUCAGGCAGGAGUCCACUUCUUCUCUCCUCCACCUGCCUACUACACGGAGGUGGGUAAGCAGCAGGAGAUGGAGGACGCAGGUUACGACCCCCAGAUGCUGUCUCAGCACGGCAUCCUCCUGGACACAGACCUGCGCCAGGCCCAGACUGACCCCUCCUGUCAGACUACGGACACGAAGAAGAAAAGAUACCUGCUCCAGGUGUUCACCAAGCCCAUCUUCUCAGAGGACACUUUCUUCCUGGAGCUAAUAGAGAGGAGAGGUGCGUCAGGGUUCGGAGAGGGGAACAUCCAAGCCCUGUGGAGGUGUGUCCAGGCAUACAUGGACACAGAGAGGGCAGAGACUGAGGCACAAGGAGAGAACACAUCUCAACCACAGAACGUAACCCCAGAACCGAAGCACGGCCACAAUAACAAACCUUUCACAGCAGAACACUGCAGCAGAACUCCUUCCUCCGCUACUCUUUCGUCUCUGUGAGGCUACAAUACACUGAGUUUCCCGGGGAAGCUGUGAAGCGCCGGGGAAGCUGUGAAGCACCGGGGAAGCAUGAUUGAAGGAUUGUGUUUAUGAGUUUGUUAUUAAAUGUGUAUAUUUAAUGCUUUUCAUUAA